AUGGCUGACAUCCCUACUCCUCCUACUGGUACCUCUUCUACCGCCCCUACUGCUCCUGCCGUUUCCACCGACAAUGUUCAGUCCCGUGGUACAACCGACAGCGUGCAGCCUCGCAUUCCGCGCACCCACACCUCCCCAGCUAUUAUCCAGCUCUUGAAGAAUCUUUCUCUCACCAAUAUUCUCCAGCGGAACAAAACGAUCGAGGCCGAGAAUGAUGCCAGAUCUGCCAAGACGUUGAAUAACGCUCUAGACCCAGCCGCCCACCCUCAACCGGGAUCAGAAGUUGCUUCAUUGAUCACCAUUGAUCCCGAGGAUCUGGCCCGAUUAAGGUCUUUGUAUGACACUGAGCAUUGUGUUGCAGUUCCCCUUCCUUUCUUCCUUACUCAGAAUUUACGGUCCCUUGUUGAUGAGGUGUCAACCCUUCCCACUGUCAAAUCUAAUCCCGCACCUGGAGAAACCAAAGGGAUUUAUAUUCUAAAUAUAGACAAGCUUUCUAAUCGUUUUGGGAAGGAAUUGACUCUUACCUGCAGCCAGUGGUCCAAGGCUGCUGCUAAUAUGUGGAACUUCCAGAUCUCGAGGGACAAGUCUGGGAGUGAAGGCGAACAUGCCACUUGGUUUGAAAAACACUUUAAUUUUUUUAAUAUGCUGAACAAGAGGGAUGAGUUAUAUGAUGCGCGGAAGGUUAUGGAACUUGAGUUCCGCCAAGACCACCGCAGCCGUCAUCUCAAGUUUAGCGCCACAGAUUACGACAGGGCAUUGGGCCUUACUGAAGAGACCCACAAGCUGCGCAAAGAAUUCCACGACGUGCUGAAUUCUUCCCAGGCGGCGACUGGGCAGCCUCCACAAGUAUUAGUGACCUUACCCCAACAACACUGA